CAACUUCCACCUCCCUGUUUCAUAGACCUCUGCCUCUCACUCCCAUUUCUCAUUCUCCUUCUUCGCUCCUAAUUACCUCACCACCAACGCCAUGGGCCCGGCAGUUCUUAGUUCCCACACCAAUGGCUUCUCAAAAUUCGACGACAAAUCCAAUUACAUCAAUGGCAAUUCUUCUCACGAAGCAGUAAUCAGCAAUGGCAGCGAUUGCCAUUGGUUCGAAGAAAUCAUCGACGAUAACCUAAAAUGGUCCUUCGCACUGAACAGCGUUCUGCAGAAGGGAACCAGCGAGUUCCAGGACAUCGCUCUGUUAGACACCAAGCGUUUUGGCAAGGCAUUGAUGAUCGACGGAAAGAUGCAGAGUGCUGAAGCCGAUGAAUUCGUGUAUCAUGAAAGCUUGAUUCAUCCACCCCUAUUAUGCCACUCAAACCCGAAAAAUGUAUUCAUAAUGGGAGGUGGGGAAGGUUCAGCAGCAAGGGAAGUCCUCAAACAUAAAUCAACAGAGAAAGUUGUUAUGUGCGAUAUUGAUCAGGAUGUGGUGGAUUUCUGCCGCAAGCAUUUGACUGUGAAUCAGGAAGCAUUUUGUCACAAGAAGCUUCAUCUUCUAAUAAACGAUGCCAGGGCCGAAUUGGAAACGAGAAACGAGAAAUUUGAUGUCAUAAUCGGAGACCUAGCAGACCCAGUUAAAGAUGGACCUUGUUACAAGCUCUACACCAAAUCCUUUUACCAGGAAAUCGUCAAACCAAAGCUCCAUGACAAUGGCAUCUUCGUAACUCAGGCAGGACCAGCCGGCAUUUUCACCCACAAAGAGGUUUUUACCUCAAUUUACAACACAAUCAAACAGACCUUCAAGUAUGUGAUUGCUUACACGGCCUACAUACCAUCUUUUGCAGACACAUGGGGCUGGGUUAUGGCAUCGGAUCAUCCUUUCUGUAUAAAAGCUGAGGAAAUGGAUAAGAGAAUUCAGGAAAGAAUCGAUGGAGAGUUGCUCUAUUUAACCGGUGCCUCAAUCGUCUCCUCCACCAUUAUGAACAAGAUUGUUUCUUUAGCGUUGUUGAAUGAAACUCACAUCUACACUGAGGCGACUGCAAAAUUCAUACACGGCCACGGGGUUGGAUUCAAGCAACUGAACGGUGGGAGUUGCCGCGUAUGAAGAAGAACAAAAACAAACACUUUAGAGGUGGUCUUUUCCCAGAUUAAGAAAACCAAUCAACAUUUGUACUGUGAACUAUUUGGUUUAGAUGGUGUAAAACUAGCUCUAACAACACGUGGGAGUGGUAAUUCAAAUCUCGAACCUUUUAGUAAGAGAAUUUAAGUCUUAACCAAUAGAGCUACGCUAGCUUUUAUUGAUUAUCAUCCCGUUUCAUAUAUAAUUUAGUUUAUAUGGUUUGGUUAAAUGUCACGAAUCAUCUUUGUCAUYAUCUCUGUUUCAUAUGUGAUUAGUAUUACACUACUGGUAGGGAUCCAGGAGCGACUUAGUCUGAAUUUCAUCAACCCCUUGUAUGAUCUGUUUGGAAAGGAAUUAAUAGUCAUUUCAACUUUCAGAUUUGGUUCCA